AGAAUCACACCACAAAACAUAUCCUCCUCCUUCACCUGCACAGUAAGAACCUCUCUCUCUCUCUCUCAUGGCGUUGAUUAGCCAUCUCUGCUUCUCUCGUCCCCAUCACCUCUCUUCUCUCUCUUCAACUCAAACCAGUCUCUCUCUCCCUCACUACCUUCCCCAAUUCUCACAGCAUCAUCCCACUCUUGAAAACCAGACAUCCCUCAAAAUUAGAGCUACUGGGGGCGACAUGUUGGGUGAUUUUGGGGCCAGAGACCCAUUUCCAGCAGAGGUAGAAAGUGGGUUUGCAGAUAAAGUGUUGGGUAAUUUUAACACUGAGCAUCGAAUUCUUAUUCCCAAUCUCUCUUCUCUCUCUCUUUCUCAGCAAGAUUGCACUCCUGUCUCUCCUCUUCACCCUCCCAUCUCUCGUGAUGAUGCUCAAAAGCUCUUAAAGAAGGUUGUUGGCUGGAGAUUGUUGGAUGAAGAAGGGGGACUUAGAUUACAAUGUUUGUGGAAGCUAAGAGAUUUUAAAUGUGGGGUUGACCUCAUCAAUAGAAUAUACAGGGUUGUUGAAGUUACGGGUCACUUCCCAAAUCUUCACUUGGAACUGCCCAAUCAAGUGAGAGCUGAACUAUGGACCGCUUCCAUUGGAGGAUUGAGUAUGAAUGAUUUCAUUGUAGCUGCCAAAAUAGAUGAAAUAAAGACAUCAGAUCUUGUCCCCAAGAAGAGAAUUUGGGCUUAGCUUGCUUUCUUGACAAAUCCCAAAGAUCUGUGUGCUCAUGGGUUCCUUGCUUACUCUUCCUUCAUCAUUGCAAUUCAUUUAUCAUUUGUUUUUUUUUUCUGCUUAAAAAAAAACUGUACUAGUAAAUAAGGAUUGGAGCAGAAAAGGAAAGAAGCCUGGUUCUUCUUUGUAUUAAAGGGGUGUAACUCUGUAUGAGGCUUGGACUUCUUGUCCUGGAAAAAGAAUCUGGGCAUAAUUGGAGAGAGGUCUGUUCAUGAAUUUCAGCAAGAAACAACUGAAAUUGCAAAAAUGAAUAGAAACUCUAUUUUUCUUUAUUAUU